AUGGGCUGUUGCAAUGCCUCAUGUUGUCAGUUCUCUUCUAUGGCAGACUCCGAAGAGUCUGACUCCUCCUCGAGCACAGCAUCGGGACUCCUGAACAUCAAUGAGGCCACCGUUGAAGAUCUCAUGGCGUUGCCGGGAAUCGGAAGGAGAAAGGCGGAGAGCAUUGUGGCAUACCGCGAAGAAAAUGGGAGGUUCGAGUCACUCGAAGACUUGCAGGCUGUACCUGGCCUUGGUCGGCGUGGGCUUGAAAAGCUUGUUGACAUGAUCACGCUGGACGAGUCAGGUGAUCAAUCCGGCUGUCUUGCCUCCUGCUGCCACGCAGGAAGUCUUGCAUGUGGCUGCUGCUGCUCCUGCUUCAUGUGCAUGCGAGGCUGUUGGCCUUCCAUUGACCCUGGCAGCCAUGACGAGGCUCUAUUCUUCCCCGACGACAGCGCUGGAUCACGUUUGGACCGGCUGCUGGAUGUUCUUGCGUCGGCUCGUCGCAGCUUGGAUGUUGCGGUCUUCAGCAUAAGCCACAAGCGUCUGGCGGCCGCACUCGUGCAAGCACACAGGCGUGGUGUCCUAGUACGAGUUCUAUCAGAUGACAUGCAGGCCAAGCAGCAAAACUCCGCAGUGCCGGAAUUGAGAAGAGAGGGCCUCCAGCUACGCCUGGAUGCCAGUGAGAAAUUCCACAUGCAUCACAAGUUCGUGGUUGUUGAUGGUGCUGCUCUCAUCUCCGGGUCCCUUAACUGGACGCAUGCCGCGGUCGAGCGCGGCAAUGAGAAUGCGACGAUAUGCAGGCGCCCUGCAUUAUGUAACCGCUUCGCGCUGGAGUUUGAACGAGUGUGGGCUGCGUUCCGAACUGGGACCGUCGCACAAGCUCCGCCGGCUGAAUUCGACGGCAAUGUUGCGGCCCUCUUCUUUCCCGAGCCUCAGAUGAAGAAUGUGGGUCUGAUCUUGACGGAGCUGCAAAGUGCUCGCUCAAGCAUUGAACUGGCUAUCUUCACGCUGACGUUGGACAUGUUGGUUGACACAUUGAUUCAGAAGCACAAAGCAGGUCUUCGUGUCCGGAUCAUUACAGACAACCGACAGGCAGCAGUCCCUGGUGCCGAUGCUCAGAGACUGUGCGAUCGAGGAUUGGAAGUCCGUACAGACAAGUCAUGGUAUGCCAUGCAUCACAAGUUCGCUGUGAUUGACAAGCAGACUGUGAUCAAUGGCUCCUUCAAUUGGACGGCACAGGCAACCAAAGGAAACCAAGAGGAUGCCAUAAUCUUCCGUGGUGAGAAGAGGUUGGCCGCCGCUUUCCUCACUGAGUUUGACAGAAUGUGGGAAUCUGAAUCCUUUAAGCCGCUUGGCGCCUGA